AAAUUAAUUCCUGUGAUACAAUAACAUUAUUAACACAUUUGAUAUUAUGUCACUGCCUGUCAAAUUAACAUCAAUUUAUAUUAUCAUAUGCGUUUUACUUCUCAUCGGUUGCCGUUUUGCUAUCCGAUCUCUCCAUUUCAGUGUUCAUCAUCCUGAAAGAGCCAUUGAUUUCAAAAACAUCUUACAGGCGGUAAUGUGAUGUCAAUGGUGAAAUUCAAAUCUGGUUUCACUUCAGCCAGAAUGAAGAGUGGGUCGGCGGGAAUCUGCAUCAUGGUUCUUACUCUGAUAUUUAUCAUCCGUUUUGAGAAACCUGUUCACAAACUUCCGUCGAAUCACACUGUGGAUGAUUCUAGUAUUAGUUUAGAAGGAGAGAGUAUCCAUGAACCAGCAAAGAAACCACAUUUUAUGAAUUUGGAAGAUCUUGAUUACCUCUUUUCAAACAAGAGCAUUUCAGGAGAAGGAGAUACCAACGGAUUGCUUGUGUGGUCUCAUAUGCGUCCGUUUCUCGAGAGACCAGAUGCUUUGCCAGAAACUGCUCAGGGGAUCAAAGAAGCUACAUUGGCAAUGAAAGAUUUGGUUUUUCUGAUCAAUAAAGAGAAAGGAGCCUCUUCUUCUGCUAUGGUCUCUAAGGAUAUUAGAAAAAACUGUCCACAUUUUGUCACUGCAAUUGAUGGGGACUUGUCUGGUUCAAGGCCUGUACUUGAGCUUCCUUGUGGAUUAAUUGAAGAUUCUUCAAUAACUGUCGUUGGUAUUCCUGAUGAACAUUCGAGAAGCUUCCAGAUUCAGCUCGUUGGCUCAGGACUAUCAGGAGAAUCCCGUCGUCCAAUCAUCUUGCGUUACAAUGUAAACUUUUCUAAGCCAUCCAUAGUGCAAAAUACAUGGACAGAAAAGCUGGGGUGGGGAAACGAAGUUAGAUGCCGAUCUCGUGGAUCAGUUAGGAAUCAGAUAGUUGAUGAACUUCCUCUCUGCAACGAACAGACCGGUAGAAUCACUUUGGAAGAGAGUCCCAACGAAGAUACAACUAUAGAGUUUGCUCUUUUAAAUGCUGAUUUUCCAUUUCUUAAAGGGAAUCCAUUCACUGCCACACUGUGGGCUGGCUUAGAAGGUUUUCAUAUGACGGUUAAUGGUCGUCAUGAGACUUCAUUUGCUUACAAGGAGAAGCUCGAGCCGUGGUUAGUCAGUGCUGUCAGAGUCACAGGUGGUCUGAAACUGUUAUCUGCCUUAGCCACAAGGCUGCCCGUUCCCGAUGACCAUGCUUCUUUAGCCAUAGAAGAGAAACUUAAAGCUCCAUCUCUUUCCAGAACAAGAAUAGCAUUGUUGGUGGGUGUUUUCUCCACUGGAAAUAAUUUUAAGCGACGUAUGGCAUUGAGAAGAUCUUGGAUGCAAUAUGAGGCAGUAAGAUCUGGAAAAGUCGCUGUUCGAUUUCUCAUUGGCCUGCACACCAAUGAAAAAGUCAAUUUAGAGAUGUGGAGAGAAGCUGAGGCAUAUGGAGACAUUCAGUUUAUGCCAUUUGUUGACUACUAUGGUCUACUUAGCUUGAAAACAGUUGCACUUUGCAUUCUCGGGACCAAAGUCAUCCCAGCAAAAUACAUAAUGAAGACGGAUGAUGAUACUUUUGUUCGGAUUGAUGAACUGCUAUCGAGUCUACAAGAAAAACCGUCUAGUGCCCUGUUGUACGGUCUGAUAUCAUUUGGUUCGUUGCCAGACCGUGAACAAGGCAGCAAAUGGUUCAUCCGUAAAGAGGAAUGGCCUCUAGAUUCGUAUCCUCCAUGGGCACAUGGCCCUGGCUACAUCAUCUCUCAUGAUAUCGCGAAAUUUGUGGUUAAGGGUCACCGUCAGAGAGAUCUUAGACUUUUCAAACUGGAAGAUGUGGCGAUGGGCAUAUGGAUUCAACAAUACAACCAGAGUGUAAAAAGUGUUAAGUACAUCAAUGACAAAAGAUUCCAUAACAGUGGCUGUAAAUCAAAUUACAUUCUUGUUCAUUACCAAACUCCUCGGCUGGUAUUGUGUCUGUGGGAGAAGCUGCAAAAGGAGAGCCAAUCUAUUUGCUGCGAAUAGGAUCUCUCAAUCUUGUUGCAAAGAUUGAGACUUUGUUGAAACGUUCUACAGGGAAUCUUGAAAUCUUGUUGCUGAGGAUCAAAUGUUAUGUAAUUAUUGAUGUUGUGUAUAACAUGAUGCAUGUUUAUGUGUCCUUUUAAAAAAAACAUACAGUAUUGUAUAGAUUAUGGAUGUUCAUUUAAUUUACUAUCCCAAUAAAAACCAAGCCCAAUACUGUAUGGUUUAGCAUGGUUGUUUGUAUUUAUUUAUGACUCUUUCGAUUUUGUA